AUGGCCCAGUUAGGGAAAUUAGUGCAGGCCCGCACCCAGAUGGUGUGGUUGACCGCCACGUUGCCCCCGAGCAUGGAGGAGGAGUUAUGCCGGCGGAUGAAGCAUGAUUGGGUUGCCGUGACCAUUUACCGGGCCCGGACGAGUUGUCCAAACGUGGCAUACCGGGUGUGGCGCCCCAUGUUGACCGGGGUCGGCCGGGGUCCGUCCCAGUGGAUUGAGAGUGAGGCGGUGGUGGCAUUCAUCCAGGACCGAAUCCGACGAGCGGCGGGCGGCAAGGUGAUCAUAUAUGCGAAUAUCAUCGGGCAGGUGACGGCCAUGGCACGGGUAUUGGGGUGCGAGGCAUAUUAUAGCGACCAGCUGGACAAGGCCGGGGUGUUGGACCGAUUCAUGGGGACCAGCGCGGUCAUCGCGGCCACCAGCGCAUUAGGCAUGGGGGUGGACAUUCCUAAUAUCCGCAGCAUCAUCCACAUUGGUGCACCGCGGACGUUGUUGGAUUAUGCGCAAGAAAGUGGUCGAGCGGGAUGGGAUGGCCAGCGGAGCGAGGCGAUCAUCAUUCAACCCGCUGGCUGGGAUGCGCCAGCGCCAUGGAUGGAGUGCAUGGGGGUGGUGGACGGGGUGGGGUGUCGCUGGGUGGUGUUCGAUCAGUAUUUGGAUGGGGUGGUGGACGGGUAUCAGUGUCAGCAUUGCCAGGAUCAGGCAUGUGAUGGGUGUGACCCCGAUUGGGAAGCACAUGAGGUGGUGGAUCCCCCAACCCUAAAUGAUAAUGGGUUUCCACCAUCCAGGACAACAGCUGAUAUACCAGGUAGUAUGGCAGGCAGCACAGCAGGCCGCAUAUCAUCAAGAGAGGCGUCCAGGGAGGCAGUGGGUGAGGGUUUUAGGGAGAGAUCCAGUAAGGCACCAUGGGAGGCCACCAUCAGUCCAUCCCUAUCACUAUUUACCAUAGACACUAAAAGCUUUUCCUAUUGGAAUAUGAGAAGGGGAAAGAGCUCGGGUAUGAUGGAAGACAAACCUAGGGAGGCGAGAAACUUCGUGCUUCGCUUAAAGGAAUGCCAUAGUCUACUCAGCUAG